CUGCCUGCACGCGCGGCCGCCGCCCCAGACUCCGCAGGUCUGUUACCCACGUGAUCCACGCACGCACCCGGGUGGAGCCCCCGCUAGGCCCGCCCUCGGCGGGCAUAACCGACUGCGCGUGCGCACUGGUUGCCGCGGCAACCGGGGAAGCGUUGGCCAGCCAACAACCGUAGCGCUGAAGCUGAGCAGCCGGGCAAGAAGCGAGCAUGCAUCCCGAGGCCUCAGAGCCGCCAGGGGACAGCGCGGUGGAGUCCAGACUGGAGGAGUCGGCAAGUGAUCACGGCGACGCGGGCCCGACGGUCUGCAAAGAAGAAAUUAAUGAGACCAAGGAAACAUGUGUGAGUCCUUCUACGACAUUCUGCCAAAGUCAGCAGCAACAGAGUGGCGACAGAGGGUCAGAUGGUCACUUCGCUAUUACAAGAAAUGACAGAGAUAAUGGGAGCCCCAGGAUGACUAAACAGUUCCUCCAAAAGCUCUGCAAGCAACACAAGCUGUACAUCACCCCUGCCCUGAACGACACGCUGUAUUUACACUUUAAGGGCUUUGACCGCAUUGAGAAUCUGGAGGAGUACACAGGCCUGCGCUGCCUCUGGCUGGAGUGCAAUGGCAUCCAGAGGAUUGAGAACCUGCAGGCCCAGAGUGAGCUGCGCUGCCUCUUCCUGCAAGUGAACCUGUUGCAUAAGAUCGAGAACCUGGAGCCACUGCAGAAGCUGGACGCCCUGAACCUGAGCAACAACUACAUUAAGACCAUCGAGAACCUCUCCUGCCUCCCUGUCCUGAACACACUGCAAAUGGCCCACAACCGCCUGGAGACUGUGGCAGACAUUGAGCACCUCAGGGAGUGUCUGCAGCUCUGUGUCCUUGACCUCUCCCAUAACAUACUGAGUGACCCCGAGAUCCUGAGUGUGCUCGAGAGCAUGCCCUGUCUGCGUGUGCUGAACCUGAUGGGAAACGCAGUGACCAAAAAUAUCCCAAAUUACCGCAGGACAGUUACCGUUCGUCUGAAGCACUUGACUUAUCUGGAUGACAGGCCAAUUUUCCCCAAAGACAGGGCGUGCGCAGAGGCAUGGGCCCGAGGGGGAUAUGCAGCUGAGAAGGAAGAGCGGCGCCAGUGGGAGAACAGGGAACACAAGAAGAUAACAGACAGCCUGGAAGCCUUGGCCAUGAUCAAGCGGCGGGCUGAGGAACGGAAGAAGGCCAGAGCCAGAGGGGAGACACCCCUGCCUGACAGUGAGGAGAUUCCCCCCGCCAGCCCGGAGGCUCAGGAAGAGCCAUGCAUGGGGGAAACCCAGCAGAAGAUGUUGUUUUUUGUGAAGGAGAGCUUUGAAGCCAAAGAUGAACUGUUCCCAGAGAAGCCAGGUAGGGAAAAGCAGCUGCCUGUGGUGGUGAGGAGCGGGACAGUGGAAGAUCAGUCUGGGAGCCUGGCUUAUACUCAGACACCCAUGGUGGUCACCACUGAAGAGUCUACACCCCGAGUGGCAUCUACCGAUGGGGCCAGAACAGAAGACACAGAGGCCACUGCCCUGGAGACCAAGGAGAGGCUUUUUAUCGCUGAUCUGCCCGACUUGGAGGAUGUUGAUGGCACUGACAUGUCUGUGGAAGAUGAGACCAAGGAAACCAGCAUCCCGAAAAUCCAGGCCAUUUCCAGCUUGAGUGAUGACAGUGACCUCGCACUGGAUGACUGUCCCCUCUCUGUUGGCAACACAGAUGUGCUCUCACACAUAUUUGCAGUCUCCAAGGACCCCUCGAAGACUGCCUGGGUGCCUUUCUCAGACAUAUGUAAGCCAACAGCAACAACGGAGUUGGAAACCCAAGGUCAAGACUCCAGCAGCACCUCUGCACGACCCCUCAUCCAGGAGCUGGGAGAGGGAGAGUCAAACCAGUCACUGCCACCCCAAACUUACCCAAGUGACCCUGCACUUGCCCAGUCUCGUGAAGAUGGAGACAGCCAGCAGCUUGCAGACAUUCCACUAGGAGCCGGAGCUGAGAACGAAGCACGGUCUUCAUUGGCAGAGCCCCACAUCAGUGUACGCCUGGAAGAUAUUGAACUUGACGUGGACUGAACCCCAAGGCGGUCUACACUUAGGCUAGCAGUGAAGUGGAUGCAGGGCACCCUUUCCUGCGCAUUGCUGAUAUACACUCUGGAACCCUGCAUGGCAGGAACUGUGCAGCCACACCUAUGUGCCUUGUACCCAAUGCAUCUGUUCCCCCUGGUUACAGAUCCCCCGAGUAUAUAAACAUUUUAAGACCCACACAAGUCAGCAGGUUACUGGGCUGCCAAUCAGGCUCUUCCUAUGAGGUCAGAAACCUAAUCGCAUUGUGCUAUCAAAUGUAUGUGUGUCCCCAGGGCAGAAGGAGUGGCGCUUCACACAGCAGACACAUGUGCUCUGCCCACAUGACCAUCCAGCUCAUGGCCACUGGACACGUUUAUUCAGUCCUUGAGCCAGUGCCAAAGUGUCAACUCCUACAGAACCUAUGUGGACUGUUGGACAGACAACCCACAACAGUAGCUGCUGACCCACUGUGCCACUGCAGGAGGCAGGCAAGGCCU